AUGCAGACCCUCAGUGAACGUGGUGUGAGUGUUGAGCUCGGUGGCGAGAGGUUGGCAGUGAAAAAUAGUGUUAAAACUCUCGGCGUUGUGCUUGACAGCAAUCUCACCUUCUCUGAGCACGUAACAUUUAGUGUUCAGCGGGCUUUAGGUUGUUUGAAAGGGCUGCACAGAUACCGAACACUACUGCCAGAGUGUGCCAAGAUGCAGAUCAUGCAGUCAAUGGUCUUAUGUGUAUUUAACUGCUGCUAUCCAAAUAGUACUACAAAGGAGGAUGCUGGCAGAAUUCAAAGGCUGCAAAAUUCUGCCAUAAGAUUUAUCUUCAGCCUCAGUAAAUUUGAUCACGUCUCCCCUUCUCGAAAAGAUGCUAAUAUCAUCGCAAUGCAGGACGUGUGCAGAAUGAUGACCUGCUGCAUGGUCCACAAGGCUUCUUACUACCAGCAGCUGGUCCUUUGUUACACUUCCACCUCGCCUGUGUACUGCUUGCUCACCUCUGCUAGGCUUCUUACUACCAGCAGCUGGUCCUUUGUUACACUUCCACCUCGCCUGUGUACUGCUCGCUCACCUCUGCUAGGCUUCUUACUACCAGCAGCUGGUCCUUUGUUACACUUCCACCUCGCCUGUGUACUGCUCGCUCACCUCUGCUAG